AAACAUUUCCCCACAAAAGUAAUUUCCCAUUUCUGGUAGCUUGCGGAGCUUUAUCAUAUGUUGGUCAGUGUUCAAUGAGAAACCAUUCACACACACUCUCUGUCUGUCUCUCUCUCUCUCCCUCUCUCUCUCUCUGCCUUUCUGCAUUGCUGCAUUUGGUUUGAACUGGUUUUUGUCAAGUUGUUGCAGUUUGUGAUCGAUUCUUUUGUACCAGUCCUCAAAUGGGUUUGUGAGUUUUCUCACUUUUGGUUUCUGGGUUUCAAUAUUUUGUGCCAAAUUUUCAGUCUUUAGUGCUGGUUCUGCUUUAUGUGCUCAGUUCUGAAAUGGGUUUUUGAGAUUUUCAAUGUUGGGAUCUGGUUGCUGUGGAUUUACUGUUCAUAGUUGGAUUUCUGUUUUUUUUACUACUUCAGAAGUAAAAGUUUGAAGCUUGAGAGCAAAAAAUGGCUCCAAGCCUAAAUUUUUCAAGGUGGUGGGGAAAGGAGAGGACAAGUAAGGGAAAUCCAGUGGUGGUAACAAUGGAGAACCCUAAUUACUCAGUGCUGGAGAUAAACGGUCCAGAUGAAGUUUUCAGGCCAGUUGAUAAGGACAGAGGGAAGAAUGCUAGGCAAUUUACAUGGGCUUUGCUUCUAAAAGCCCACAAAGCUGUUGGCUUUGUUUCUUGGAUUGGAAACAUUGUUUGGUCAUUGCUUGGUUCAAUUAAAAAAAGAUUGAUUUUUGGGACCGUGGAGACUGAGAAAUCUGGAAAAGGGAGGAUUUUGUAUAGGGUUAUUAUGGUGUUCUUAAUGAUGGCUUUGGCUUUUCUGGCUUUUGAAUUGAUGGCUCACUUCAAGGGUUGGCAUUUGCAUAUCCCACAGAGUUUGGAGAUUAGAGGAUGGCUUCACUCGAUUUACUUUUCGUGGUUGGAGUUCCGGGCCGGCUACAUUGCUCCUGCAAUUCAGGGUUUGACUAACUUCUGUGUGGCUCUCUUCUUAAUCCAGUCCGCCGACCGGAUGCUGCUGUGUUUAGGUUGCUUCUGGAUCAAGUUUAAGAAGAUUAAGCCAAAGUUUGAAGUUCCAUUGAAGUCAGACGAUUUGGAAGCUCCAGGAUGCAAUUAUCCGAAAGUUCUUGUUCAAAUUCCUAUGUGUAAUGAGAGAGAGGUAUAUGAACAAUCUAUUUCAGCAGUCUGCCAACUCGAUUGGCCGAAAGAACGCUUGCUGAUUCAAGUUCUGGACGACUCUGAUGAUGAGAGCAUACAAUGGUUAAUCAAGGGGGAGGUAGCCAAGUGGAACCAAAGGGGUGUCAAUAUCAUCUAUCGCCAUCGUUUGGUCAGAACUGGUUACAAAGCUGGAAAUCUCAAGUCUGCAAUGAAUUGUGAUUAUGUCAAGGACUAUGAGUUUGUUGCAAUCUUUGAUGCCGAUUUCCAGCCAAACCCUGACUACCUCAAGCUCACAGUUCCCCAUUUUAAGGACAAUCCUGAGCUCGGGUUAGUUCAGGCUAGGUGGUCUUUUGUCAACACAGAUGAGAACUUGUUGACACGCCUCCAGAACAUUAAUUUGUGCUUCCACUUUGAGGUUGAACAGCAGGUUAAUGGGGUUUUCCUCAAUUUCUUUGGUUUCAAUGGUACUGCUGGAGUUUGGAGAAUCAAAGCACUUGAAGAAUCUGGAGGCUGGCUUGAGCGUACAACAGUAGAAGAUAUGGAUAUAGCAGUUCGUGCCCAUCUUUGUGGUUGGAAAUUCAUAUUCCUCAAUGAUGUCAAGGUACUUUGUGAGCUUCCAGAAUCUUAUGAAGCUUACAAAAAGCAACAACAUCGUUGGCAUUCUGGUCCCAUGCAUCUUUUCCGUUUGUGCCUUCCAGCAAUUAUUAGUUCUAAGAUGAAGUUCUGGAAGAAAGCAAACUUGAUACUACUAUUCUUUCUUCUUAGGAAGUUAAUUCUCCCAUUUUAUUCUUUCACAUUGUUCUGCAUAAUUCUUCCUCUGACAAUGUUUGUCCCCGAAGCCGAGCUAUCCAUGUGGGUUAUCUGCUAUGUGCCUGUAUUUAUGUCAUUCAUGAACAUUCUUCCUUCCCUUAGAUCUUUCCCCUUCAUUGUCCCUUACCUCCUGUUCGAAAACACAAUGUCCGUGACCAAAUUCAACGCUAUGGUUUCCGGUUUGUUCAAGUUGGGGAGCUCGUACGAAUGGGUUGUCACCAAGAAGGCAGGUCGGUCAUCGGAGCCGGACCUGCUAGAAUUAGAGGAGAGGGAAACAAAGGCCAUGAUUCAUCCACAACUCUACCGAGGAACAUCAGAUAGUGGCCUCUCGGAGCUCAACAAAUUAAAAGAGCAUCAAGAAGCUGCUCCGAAACCUCCUCCUGUGAAGAAACUGAACAAGAUAUACAAGAAAGAGCUAGCUCUGGCUUUCUUACUGCUUACUGCUGCACUUAGGAGCCUCCUAUCAGCACAAGGGGUACACUUUUACUUCCUUCUAUUCCAAGGUGUGUCAUUUUUACUGGUGGGUCUUGACCUAAUUGGUGAGCAGAUGAGCUAGAGAUUUGAGGUAAAAAAAAUCAUGGUAAAAGUUAAAAAUAAAGGGUGAAUAAGAGAAUGCUUGGUGUCCAAGACUGGAACAGGUGGAUGCAAAAUAGCUCAUUCUCAUUAAAAUUGCCCAUAUAGAUUCUUUUCUAGCUAUUUUUUUGUCCUUUUGAAUUUUUUUUUUGGUUUAUUUGUGACAUACGAAAAUUAUCGGUGAGUUCUAUUUCCAUAUAAGAAUGUAGGUUUUUUACAGUUUUAUCCUUUGUAUUGCUGCUUCUGUGUGGAGUGUUCUUGGAGGAGCCAGAUAGGUUUGUUAAUUGUUUGAACUUUCAGAUUUUACACAUGUAUAACUCUCUGUAUAUUGCAUUAGUUGAAUUGAUACUGCACUCUCUCUCUCUCUC